AUGAGUAAUCCAUUUAAUUCUUUCGAAAAUAUUAAAGGAGACAAUGAUAAUCAAAGUGGAUAUGAAAAAAUGAAUGAAUACCUCAAUGCUAAUCAAAAUAUAAAUCUGAAUGAAUCUACAAAAGACCAUAUUAAUAUUAAAAAUGAUGAUGUUAUAAUUAAAAAUAAUAAUGUAUGUAAUGAUUCUCACUAUGAAAGUGAUAAAAUGUGUAAUGAUACUAACAAAUAUUAUAUAACACCUAAUGAUAAUGAAAAUAUAAAUAGCAAUAAUCAUAUACACAAUAUGAAUGAAAUUUUUUUAGAGAAUAAAAUGAAUAAUGAAGAGGAUAAUAAAAUAUUAAAUAAUAUAACAGAAUAUAAAAUGAAUGAUCAACAUGAGAACCAAAUAAAUGAUUCGAAUGAUGGAUUAAUAAAAGAGAAUAUAAUUAAUUUUCAUAAUAGUAAUGAAAAUAUUCAAAUGGAUAAUAUAAAUGAUGAUGUAAUGAGAGAUUGUUUGGAUAUCUCAAAUUAUGAACAGGAUAAUAUGAACGUAUGUGAUGAAGCAAAAAAAAAUGAAUCAUUGAAAUAUAAUUCAGAGAAUGAUAAAAAUUCAGAAAAAGAAAUUGAACUGGAUAUAUCUAUUAAUUGUGAUAAUACAAAUAUUAUAAACAGUACAAAUAAUAAUAACAAUAAUAAUGAUAAUAUUAAAUAUAGUUCUGGUUAUGAAAUUAAAUAUAUUAGUGAAGAAGAAAAGGAAAAAAAUAAUGUGGUCACACAAGAAAAUGUUAAUUAUGAAGAUAAUACAAUUAAAAAUAAUUGUGAUUAUUUUAAAGAAACUGAUCAAAAUGUUGUUGAUACAAAAAUAGACAACAUCAAUGUUGUUAAUGAAGAAAGUGAAAUGUGGAAUGAAUCAUAUGUUAAUAAUAAUAAUAAUAUUAUAAAUAAUGCAAACGUAUUAGAUGUUGUUCAUAAUAAUAUGUUAUCAAAUGAUCCUAUGUUUAUAAACUCUCAUGUUUCAUCAAAGGAUGAAGAAAAACAAAAUGGUGAUAAUUUAAACAACCAUAUUAUUAAUGAUACCAUAGACAAGGAAGAAGAGAAAUAUAUGAACAACGAAUCAUCUAUUAUGAUAAAUAAAGAUAAUUAUAGUAAUAUCAAUUCUACAUUGAAUAAUGAAAAUAUAUAUGACACUAUAGAUUAUGAACCCAAACAAAUUUGUAGCGAUAGUGAUACAUAUACAUACAAUAAUAUAAAUAAUAAUGAUAUAGAAAAUAUAACAAACACAGAAAUAUAUAAAAAUGAUUUUAAUAUGAUAAACGAACAAUUUGUAGACAAAGAAAAUUAUCAUGAUGAUAAGGGUGACAAUAUAAAUGUUGAACAUUCUAGUUUAUUUAUAAAAAAUGAAUUAACUUCCUUGUCUCAAAAUGAUGUAAAUGUGAAUGCAACAAAUGAAGUUAUGGUUUCUUCUGGAAUUGAACAAAAUAUAUUGAACAAUGAACUUAAUAAUGAUGAUUUUAUAAAUAAUCAAAAUAAUGAACAGCAGGAUGAAAAUAAGGAAGAUCAAAUGGAUAGUGACAUAAAUGAGAAAAAAAAAAUAUAUAACGAUAAAAAUAUAAAUCAUAACAAUGAUAUGAAUAAUAUGAAUGAUAACAAUGAUCAUAAUGAUUAUAAUAUGGACACAAAACAAAAUAAGCAAGACAAAGAAGAAGAUAAAAUAAAUCCAUCCAAUGAAAUAAAUGAUACAUUUACACUUAAUAAGUUUGAAGAAAAUAAUAUACCAAAGAAUAUGAAUCCUGGAUAUAUCGAACAAAAGGUAAGUAAUGAUACAAUGAUAAGUGAUGUUGUAAUGAAUGAAGUGGAAACAAACAACAGCAACAAUAAUAAUAAUAAUAAUAAUAAUAAUAAUAUGAAAAAUAUUGUUAAAAAAAUUAGCCAAGAUACUAUAAUUGUUGAUGUUAAUGAUGAAUUAUUAGAUCCCAAUACAAAUAAUAAUUUUAUAAAAAAAAAAGUUAGUGAAGAUACUAUUGUCAGUGCAAUGCAAAGUGAAAGAAAGGAAGGAAAAAAAAAUAAAAGAGCAGCAAAUAAAAUGAAUGAACAAAAGGUAUUGACCCCUACAAAAAAUUUGGAAAAUGAUGUGAGUCCAAUAGGAAGUGUAAGCAAAACGAGACAAACAAGAAAAAGUGGAAAUAUGAGUAAAAUGAAACAAAUUGAUCAAAUGAAACAAAUUAAUCAAUUAAACCAAUUAAAUCAAUUAAACCAAUUAAAUCAAUUAAACCAAUUAAAUCAAUUAAAUCAAUUAAACCAAUUAAACCAAUUAAACCACAUGAACAAUAUAUAUCACAUGAAUAAUUCUAAUCCAGUUAAAGAUGGAUACAACUCCAAUCUCAUGAAUGGAGAUAAUAUGAACAACUACAUUAAAAUGAAUGAUUUCAAUGGAGAUAUGGAUUGUACGUAUUCACAAAUUGGAGAAAAAAAAAAUUAUAUAAGAAAUAACGUGAAGGGUAGAGAAAUUAUAAAUAUUAAUAAUGACAAAUAUUUACAAUGGUUUGAUACUAUUUACACUGUAUGUGUAAAAUUAGAUGAUUUAUGUUGUAGGAUGAGUGGUACAUUUCCUCAUUCAAUGAAUAUAUGGGAAAGAGAAGGAAAAAUUAAUAUGCAUACAUUAAAAUCAGCAUUUUAUAAAUAUGAAGAUAUGAAAUUAAAUCUACAUAAUAAUGAUGAAGCAGAUAAAUCUGUUAUGAUGAGUGCGAAUUAUGGAGGAAAUAAUAAUGCAGAUUGUAUUGAUAGUAAUUAUAUGAAAUCUAAUUAUAUGUCUCCAAAUAUAAUGAAUAAAAAUAAUGAACUCAAAAUAAAGAGAAUAAAAAAAUAUAAUAUGGAUGAUAAUAAUAUGUCAAUGUAUACAAAAAAUGGUAUAAAUAAACAAUUAAAUGUAACAAAUGAUGAUAGGAAAAAUUAUGCUUCAAAUGAUGCUUAUGUUUCAAAUGAUCAUUAUACUCCAAUGGAUAAUAUGUCUCAAAUGGAUAAUAUAUCUCCAAUGGAUAAUAUAUCUCAAAUGAAUAAUAUAUCACAAAUGAAUAAUAUAUCACAAAUAAAUAAUAUAUCACAAAUAAAUAAUAUAUCACCAAUAGAAGAUUAUUCACAAGCUGAUAAUUACACUCCUAAUAUGAUGGAUCCAAAUAUUUGUAAUAAUUUUAUAGGCUGUAAUAAAAAUAAUAAAAUGAUGAAUACAAAUGCUGUUCAUGAUUAUGUAAUACCUAAUGAUUUAUAUAAUAUAGAAAAUAUGAAUGUGAUGGGUAAUAAUAAUAUAAAUUAUGAAAAGACAAAAAGGACAAGAAGAAAAACAUCAGAAAAAAAUAUGAAAACUGGAAAAAUUACUAAAGAGGAAAUGGAACUAUUGAAAAUGUAUAAUAAUGAAAAUAACAUAUCAAAUAUAACAAAUAUGUCAAACAUAUCAAACAUAUCAAACAUAUCAAAUAUGUCAAACAUGUCAAAUAAUUUAAUAAAUAAUGGAAAAUAUUCUAAUGAUUUAUUUUUUCAUCAAAAUGGAUUUAAUAAUUGUUCUUUAUACAAUGAUGAAAAUAACAUGAAUUGUUCAGAACAUGUCAAUAUUAUUCCAACUAAUCAUAACAAUAAUAAUAUUUUAUGUUCAAACAAUCAAAUCAAUACCUUUUCACUCAACAAUAAUGUAAUUAAUUAUAAUGAUGAAAAUACCAGUACUACUAAAAAAGGAAGAAAAGGAAAUAGAAAAAUAAAUACACCAAAAAAUAUAGAAAAAAAAACACCCAAAAAAAAUUCCACAGUAAAUAGAAGUAAUAAUAAAAUUAUCAAAAACGAAAGUGAAUUUGAAUAUCUCUUAGAAUUAUCAGACAAAGAAGGACCCAAUUUAGAUAAUCCAGAGGAUUUAAAAUGUGAUGUAGCUGGAGUAUAUUGGGAUAAGAGAAGUUGGAUAGCAUCAUGGUAUGACAACGGGAAACGUUAUUAUAAAUCUUUCUCAGCAAAAACUCAUGGGUUCUAUAAAUCGAAAUUCUGGGCUAUUAAAGUUAGAUUGUCAAAGGUUAAAGGACAAACAAUUUUUGGAAAAAAUAGUAGAAAAAAUAAAAAUAACAAGACAGAAGUAGAUAAUACAAAUGGGAAUAACAACAAUGUGAAUAAUAUGAAUAGUGUGAAUAAUGUGAAUAGUGUGAAUAAUAUGAAUAAUAUGAAUAAUAUAAAUCAUGUAAAUAAUGUAAAUAAUGUAAAUCAUAUAAAUCAUGUAAAUAAUGUAAAUCAUAUAAAUCAUGUAAACAAUAUUAAUAACACAAAUAUGAAUGGCUCCUCUUUAAAUAAUCCUCUCUUGAACGGAAUGAAUAUGAACAACCUCCAUAUUAACAAUAUGAACAGAAAUAAUUUAAACAUGAACAAUAUAAAUAUGAAUAAUGUAAAUGACAUCAACAAUGUAAAUAUCAAUAACCCAAAUAUUAUUAAUGAUAAUCAUAUGCCUUAUCACACUCCUAUUAUGCCAGUUAAUAAUAACAUACCCCUUAAUAAUUUAUAA